CGCUCCCCCCAGAUGUUGCGUCUGGUGCGGCCGGCCCCCCUGCACCCCCCACGCUACGCCACUGGGGACGACAGUCUCGGAUCGCCCAAGGCGCGCGGGGUUCCUCCUACUGGAGACCUUUAAGUCUGCCCUCCCCGCACACUUUGUGCCACACAACACUCCGCAACCAACUCCCUCUCUCGCCCCAUGCUUCCGUUGCUGUCCCCUCCCCCCACUCCUACAAUAUACCAUUUGCAAUGGCUUCUAAUGCAUCUCCCAGCAGCUUUGUUGAUCUCUGGCCCGGGAUCCAAAGCGGAGCAGAAGCAGAGAGGCCCGCGGGACUUCACGUGUAAGACUGCAAGCGCGGUAAGAGGCAGCUGGUUUUGGAAGCCUGCCUUCAGCGGCGGCGGCAGCGGCGCUCUUAGCAGCGGCAGAGGCAGCAGUCGGAGGACGGGGAAGCCGGCUUUGCAGGAGCUGCGCGCAGAGCAAUGCUGCUGGGGCGCAGAGACGGCGCGCUCCCCUGAGCCUCGCCGCGCGCGUUGCGAAGGGAAGGGCGAUGCACUGAGACGCCCCUUGGCAAGCGGUGCGUCGGCUGGGGGGAGUUUUGCUGCUGCUUUUCUUCCUCUUCUCUCCCCCCCCCUCCACCCCACAGCAAAGGAUUCUCUUGGCAAACGGAGCUCCCUUCUCUAUCCCCCACCCUCAAGCCCAGGGAGCUCCUCCGAUGACCCCGGGGACUUCGUGAAAGCCAUGCGCCCCGACGACAUCAACCCUCGCACCGGCCUGGUGGUGGCUUUGGUCAGCGUCGUCUUGGUGUUCGGCUUCAUGUUCACGGUGUCCGGGAUCAAGGGGGAGACUUUGGGGGACAUCCCUCUGCUGGCCAUCGGGCCGGCCAUCUGCUUGCCGGGCAUCGCCGCCAUCGCCCUAGCGAGGAAAACCGACGGCUGCACCAAGUGGCCCGAUAAGAGGGGGCGCCCGCCUUGCGGCGGCUGCUGCUGCUGCCGCAAGAAGCCCCGAGACAAAGACGUGCUGGAGCUGCUGAGGACCCCGUCGGACCUGGAGUCUGGCAAGGGCAGCUGCGACGAGCUGGCCAAGAAAGCCUAUGGAGCCAAGGACAGGAAGGGGAGCUCCCGAGGAGGAGAGGACGGCCUCUCCACUUGCACGACCAUCACCACCUCCGCCGCCGUCGGGGAGGGCAGGGGCUCUCUGCACAAAGCGGAGCAGGAGGAAAAGCUGAGAUACUUGGAAAACUGCUGCCCGGAGAUGCCUGGGAAUGUCUUGGGGGCCGGAGCCACCCUUUUCAGUGCCUUAGAGGAGGAGAAGCAGCAGCAGCAGCAGGAAGGAUCUCCCGUCUUCGAAGGGGCCCCCGCGCUCCCGGGCGCAGAGGACACCGUUUCCGUGGCCCCUCUGAACAGCAUCAUCGUCUGUUCCUACAAGGACAGCAGCCCUUACGACAGGUACUGUUGCUAUAUAAACCCCAGCGAGGAAAUCAGCUCGGAUCACGAGACGAUAGUUUGAAAAGAUUUGGUGGACGGGUCCUCUUUCUCCCCUCCCCUCUUUUUUAUUUUUAAAAAAAGACUUUGACGAAUGGGCGGUGUUGUUUCGAGCAAGUAAUGAAGGAACCCUCCCAGCAGCCGGUUGUUUUAAAACAAAAAUAAUAACUGGUAACAAUAGUAAUAAUAGUAAUAAUAAUUAAUAAUAAUAAUAUUGGCUGGAUUUGCACUGCAUGGGACAAUUCUCAUAGCUAUUAACUAACUUUUUUCUAAACCCCAACAGCCUGGUAUGUGACUGAUACUCAAACCUUUUGUGCCUGGGAAAUCAAACUUUUAUUUAGUUAUUAUUUUCGGUUUCUUGUUAAAAGUAAUAAUAAGCAUGUUUCAGGAGAAUCAGUCUUUUCUAUCACAAUUUGUCAGCUGGGGGUGUGUGCGUUACUGACCCUUGCAGGGACCGGGGGCUGGUGGAGAGGGUGGGGAUGCUCUGGCAGCUCAAACGUAAAGCAGAAAUCAAAUGUCAGGAGUGCUUCUUGGAAGCGCAAGGUAUUCAGAGCUCUGCCUCUUCCACUGACUUCUGAAAGCACUGAUAAAGAGGCCGGGUGCAGUUUAUUUUAAGAUGCUUCCGUCUGGUAAAAUGGGGCAGAGGGUGGGGAGAGUCAGGCUGGCCCUAAGUUUUUUCAGUUUUGGGUGCAGUAAGUUGCCUAUUUAAUGUGCUCUUGUAUUCUCACUGCCUGGUGAGGAAAGAGGCGCUUGAGGGAUUUUCCGCGUCGUGUGCCAAAAUCAAGUGACCAGCCCUCCGAAUGUUGGGCACGCACUUCCUUACACCAAGUCAGGCCAUUGGUCUGUCUAGCUCAGUGCUGUUGACCCUGAUUGGCUGCAGCUGCCCAGGGUUUCAGACUGGGGUGUCUCCUCACCCGGCCUGGAGAUACCGGGGAUCAAACCCAGGGCAUUCUGCAUGCAGCCACUGAUCUACUGCCCUUCUACAAUGUACUACACACAUUGACUUGUAGGGGGCGCCACUUGCUGCUCUGCCUCAGGCAGCAAAACAUCUUGGCCCGGCCCUGUCAUUUUUACCAUCAUAUGGAUCAGGCAGGGAACUUCAGACAGCCCAGCAGGGGCAUUGUGUCAAAUAAAUUUGACCCAUGACGAUCUUGGAGACUGAGAACCAUUUUUAACAGCCAAAACAGUUGGUGGGAGUAAGGAGUCUGUAUACACAUUACCGUUUUCUUGUGUACCCGUGGUCCAGAGCUAUCCUGUAGUUUUGUUUGAGAAAUGCUGCUGUUUGUUGCUUUCCCUUUUCAAACCAACUUCAGUCCGUCAGGAAAAUUUAAGCCACAUGCGCAAUUAAGCUGAGACGUAGAAGACAGUGCAUGCGCAUGGGUGGAUGACAACGCAUGCGCAGAUGGCAACUUUGUGAAUAGGAGUUUGGGGAGGGGGGUUGCAGAGGGGGGGAACCCAACAGGUAGAGACAUCCCCGUCCCUUCUCAGGUGUGUACAACAACAUGCAAAGGUGACUUGAAGCACAGUGGGGCGGGGUAGGAAAUGACCUCACUGCAUUUUAAGUUGCUAAUGUGUACUCAGCCUAAGAGAAAUACAGUUAACUCCAGCAGCAGGGUUACUCGGGCUGAAAUCCUAUGCAUACUUUCCUGGGCGUAAGUCCCAUUAAACUCAGUGGGGCUUACGUCUUGGCUUGUAAUUUAUAGAAUUGCUCUGACAAGAUGGAAACAUGAUUCCCCCUUUUUACUUUUUGGUGUGUGUGUCUGCUUUUAAUAACCCAUCAUGGGUUUGCAACUAUUUCCCCCCUCCGUUGAAUAUUCAGUAUAGUUUAAGUGUUACGUCAUUGUUCUGUUGCACUGAUAUCUGGGGGGGGGAGCUGCGGGGGAGAGAGAAUGCUAUCCUUUUUUUUCAAUGCAAGAUUUCUAGUGAAAUUGAUCUGAAGCGUAGUGUAAGUAGCUUACAACAGGACAGCACCGCUGGUAUUGACAGCACACCUGAUUUUGACUUUAAAAGGCAUAUAGGGACAGGUGGAAAAGCUUUUGAGAGCCUGGAAAAGGGUUUUGGAAAUACGAAUGGAUACUUCUUUUUGACAAGUUAUUGUUCAUGGAGGGGGAGGAAUAUAAACAUAUUUCAAAGGCCAUAUUAAUAUGCCGUCUUAAUGGUGGCAUUUUAAAAAUCUGAAUAAAACAAAACCCUGUGUUAUGGUCCUCUGUUUUCAGCAUUCACUGUGACUACUUUGAAUGUAUAUAUAUACAGUGGUACCUCGGGUUACAAACACUUUGGGUUACGUGUUUUCAGGUUGCGGACCG